UCUCUCUCCUUAAAAAAAACCCUAAAAUACACACUCAAAUCCUAAAAAAAAAAUAUUCAAUUCCAGAAAAAUAAAAAAAAAAUCUCUCAAUUCCCUUCUCUAUCUCUCUAAAAAGGGGAAAAAAGAAAUGGAACCCAACGACUCGCACCAACAGCAGCAACACCACUUCACCUCUUACUUCUCCACCUCCACCACCACCACCACCACAACCACCCCAUCACCUACCAAUGGCCUCCUGCCACCUCAUCAACCCACAGACUCCACCACUCCUACUGGGCCCCACAUGCUCUACCCCCAUUCAAUGGGACCCUCAACCACUGCUACAGUGACAGGAGGAGGAGGGGGAGCACCAGUGGAGGCGGCGGCGGCGGCAGCAGCAGCGAAGAGAAAGAGAGGGAGGCCAAGGAAAUAUGGGACGCCUGAACAAGCUUUGGCUGCCAAGAAAACGGCCUCCUCUAAUUCUGCUGCUGCUUACAGAGAAAAGAAAGAACACCAAGGUGGUUCUUCCUCUACUAUUUCCUCCUUUUCAGCCUAUUCAUCCAAAAAAUCUCAACAUGCUUCUCUUGGCAAUGCUGGGCAUGGUUUUACACCACAUGUUAUUACAGUAGCUGAGGGUGAGGAUGUCACCCAGAAAAUCAUGCAUUUCCUACAACAAAGUAUGCGUGAAAUGUGUAUUUUAUCAGCAUCUGGUUCAAUUUUGAGCGCAUCUCUCAGCCAACCAGCAACUUCAGGAGGCCUCAUUUCAUAUGAGGGUCGGUAUGAGAUCAUUUCACUGUGUGGAUCGUAUGUGCGUACUGAUAUGGGGGGAAGAGCAGGUGGGCUCAGUGUAUGCCUAUCUGAUACCAAUGGCCAGAUUAUUGGAGGAGGUGUUGGUGGACCUCUAAAGGCUGGUGGCCCUGUGCAGGUCAUCGUCGGUACUUUUAUGCUUGACAAUAAGAAGGGUGGUAGUGGAAAAGGUGAUGCCUCUGGCAGUAAGCUGCCAUCACCAGUCGGAGCAUCAGUACCAAGUUUUGGCUUCCGCUCUCCAGUUGAGUCUUCUUUGAUGAAUCCAGCUAGGGCAAAUGAUGACCAUCCUACCAUCGGAGGGAAUCCUUUUACAAUGCAACCUACCAGCAUGCAUUUGACACCUACAAGGCCCCUGAAUUGGAUGAGUGGUCCAGAUGUCAGAACUACUGGUUAUGAAUUUACAGGAAGAACAGGUCAUGGAGGACCCCAAUCUCCGGAAAACGGGGACUACGAGUAAAUUCCAGAUUACAGAUUGGUUGACUUUCGAAACACUGUUUUGCCAUCUUUCUUGUGAUCAUUGACCAGAGAAAAUGCAUGCACAAGCUUUUGGACCCUUCGCGGAGUGCUAGAUGAUAUGUAUAUCUGUACAGUUUAGUCGCAAUCAUCACUCAUUGCUAGCUUAUGCUUCCUAGAUUAUGGCCCUAAAUUAAAACUGUUAACCUUAUUUUAUGCUCCUGUACUGUUUUUUUUUCCGUCUCCAUUGACUCUGGUUUUGCACACUGGAGUUGGUGGCUGAUUCCUGUUAGACAUUGAAUUAAGGUUCAACGGCAAACCUGGCAUGAAAGGGAAAGUUGUGCAAAUUGAGAUGAUUUCUAUCA